AUGUCGGACCCCGAAUUGGCGGUUACACUGGUUCCUGCCUCCCGCAGCUUCAUAGCGCACGAGCACGCUCCGUACCAGGCAAGCGUUACCAAGGGCAGGGCACGAAGCAGGGCAAGAAGCAGGAGCACGCACACGAGCACGCACACGAGGAGCUCCAGUCUCGGAUCGUCUGCACAGGGGACUCCCCCACGGCGAUCAGUCUCGAGCAUGAAAAUACUUUUCCCCUUGACUCUCUCCCCAACUUUGCAGACGCAGACACCCACCGAUCCCAUGGAUUCGUCCACCACGUCCAAUGCAGAGUCGAUCUGUUCUUCAGCCAGUACCAACGAGAUGGACCACAUCCAUAAUGAACCCCUGGCCGACUGCAACUUACCCGAGAUGCUCGUGCGGGACCUCGAGACCUCUGAAGUUGUGUUUAGGACAAAGUCCAUGACUGCUGGCUGCCCGUCUGCCGCUUUUGCAACAUCCAGCGAAGAUGAACACGGCGAUGAGGAGGACGCAGGGGGCAAAAGCGAGUCUACCGACUCCUUGAGCAUGGCAUCCAGCGGCAUGGACCCGCCGCCCUCCAUUCGGGUGCGAGGGCAUUCAGUCACCACAGCAGCUACCUCAGUAUCCGGUCGACGCUCUUCGUCAUUCUCACAGAAAGCCCACUCGCAAUCUUCCCCCUCCACGCCACCUUCUUCACCAGCGAUGGCCCAGAACCAUCAUGGAACUUGGUUCGAUGCGGACGGGGAGGGUGACGCCACCAUCAGCUCGAGAAUCCAGGGGCCGUCCCAAGAUGUCCAGAGUCUUACUGGCGGACACAGUAGCGAUAUCAACUCGUUUUCCUACAACGACGGGAUGAAAAGACAAACCGAAGCUAUUGCCUAUCACCUUCGUCCGAACAGCCCCAACUCUUACGAGCGACCUUGCACGCCCAGCAGUCAAAUCAGUCAGUUGGUUCGAGAGAGGCCACGGUUAGUCAACAUUCCGCCUACUGCCAUCCCCAAACGAAAGUCGUCACUUAAUAGGGGCCACGUUCGCACAAUGUCGGGUAGUUCAGUGGCGCCGAGCAAUCAUGAAAUUCUCCGGAGGACGUCGGUGGGGCAGUUGGCACCUUCUGCUAGCAUGCAAGUGCUUGGGCCUCGAAAUGGUGAGAGAUAUGGGGAGAGUUCACGUCCGCCUUCAAGAGGUCGAGAUGGCAAUGGCCACGUGCACGCUCGCCGGUCAAACGGCGCUUUCUUUCCUGACAAUCUCAGUGAAAAUGUCUUUUUGGAUGACGACGAGGAAAUACGCGCGACAGGUGUCUAUGAUCAGCCAGUUCAGACCAAGCCACACACGCAUUCUCUCAACGGAAGGACCUCUGGUGGCCCAGCUACCAAUAUCCAGGAGAUCCAACGCACCACGCAUUCGACGGCGUCAUACACAACGCCCGGCAUUCCUCUGCCACCCGACGUACUCGAGGUCCUGCGGGUUUCGGUCUCUUGUUUCCCAGAAACGAUGCUCACUACCUCCAGUCUGACAGUCGAUAAUAUCCGGACAUAUUCGAGAAAACUUCGUCAUGGAGGAAUGCCAGAUUGCGACUUCAUGAGCGACGAUCAGUCAUUGUUUUCCUCCGGGGACAACAGCCUGAAGCCGCGGCCAUCAAGGAAGUGGAAGCUGAAUUGGUUCGGACAAAGUCAUAAGCUUACUAAACAUCAACAACACGGACGCCAGCAAACCCAGUUGCUCUCUGGAGGCUCGGAGGAUGUCGAUGCUCUUGGACAAGUUCGGUCUCCCAGGAAGACUACAGAGGCUUCAUGGAGGCCCAUCAGGGCUAUUUUCCCUUUCGGAUCCGACUACCUCUGUGAUGCUCUCUACGCACACGUACUGGCCUACAACUACAUUAGCACGUUAUGCCCCCCACCUCCAGUGUCAUCACUACGCCAACAAGCGCCAGGAUCAGCGGGCCAUCGUCCUUCUGGCUCGUCUUCUGACGACCCAAAUAGCAAAACCAGAGUGCCCAAGAAGGCAGCCAGUGUCCUCGGCAUGCAGGAUGAUAACGCCCAUAACAACAGACCAACAACACCUAGCAGCGGUCCGCAUCACCGACGCAGCAGAUCGCACAGAUUUCUGAGCCGGGAUAGUCAUGGAAGAGGCUCGCUCAAAUCGAGAGGCAGCACUGCUUCUGGGUUGGAGGGCAACGACAACAGCAACAGCAAUGGCAACAAUGCCGUGGCCUCCGGAAUGCGAGAAUUACACGCUGGGCUGGCCAAAUGUAUUGCGUUGCUUGUUUCGACACUGAAGAAGACCGAGGCGGGUGACUUGCAAGGAGUUGAGAGUGGCGGAGAUGCCAACACGCUUCUUAUCAGGGAGAGGGAGGUGCAUGAUGAGUCGGGCGCGGUGGAUGUACUCUUACUGCGAGCGCUCUGUGAGGUGGUGAGAAUCUCCGAGGCAUAA